AUGUCGUCCAUGUGGUUAUCAGAUUCCCAAAAGAUCGGAGUCGCAUUCUGCACCGGUGGAGGAUUCUUCCUCAUCGGAGGCGUGAUGCUCUUCUUUGAUCGGGCGAUGCUUGCCAUGGGCAAUAUCCUUUUCCUUAUCGGUCUGACAAUCAUAAUCGGCCCCCAAAAGACGCUCCUCUUCUUCGCACGCAAACAGAAACUCAAAGGCACGGCAGCCUUCUUUGGCGGUCUCGCUCUUAUCCUUCUGCGCUGGACCCUUAUAGGGUUCCUUGUCGAGCUAUACGGUAUCAUGGUCCUCUUCGGCGACUUCCUCGGUACGAUUGCAGGCUUCGCGCGGAAUGUGCCCGUCGUCGGACCUUAUAUCGGGAUGGCUGUCGAUAGGGCAGGCUUGGGACGAAGGAACGCCGAGUUGCCAGUAUAA